AUGCCAAUAUCAAAUAGUGACUUACGAAAACAAUUUCUUACAUAUUUAAAUCAACCUGAAUCAUGUGAAUUAUUUUACACGUAUAUGAAAUCAGAACAAUUAGCAUAUGUAGUUGAAUUUUAUUUAGCAUGUGAUGGUUUAAAAAAUUUAAUUCAUAAUAAAAAAACUCAAUCAUCUAUUAUUACACUUAUUUAUAAACAUUAUUUAUCAAAUGGAAAAUCUUUAUCAUCAUCAAAAAUAUUUUCUUUACCAGAUCAUUUACUUUCAUCAAUAAAACAACGUUUAAUUAAACAUGAAUAUCAUAUAAGAUUUUAUGAACAAGCACAAGAAUAUGUUCUUAAAUAUAUGUUACAAAUGUGUUAUCCAAAAUUUCUUAUUGAACAACAAAAUUUACCAGAAACAAAACGACAAGCUUUAACUACAUCAACAUUUACUCCAAUGUAUAAACGUUGUAUAUUUACAAGAAAAAAAGAUAUUUUUGAUAAAUUCAAACAACAAUCAAAUUCUUCAAUUAAUAUUAAUUCAUUAGAAGGUUCAACACUAAUUGCUGGCAAUGAUAUUGGAUUGAAUAGUUCAAAACAAUCACGUCCUACAAAAUUAAUAAAACAAGAAAAAACUCAAUGUAAUCUUGCUCAACAAAAUCCAGCAGCUUUUUUUGAAGAAAUUAAAACUCGUUUAUUAGCAUAUCAAACUGAAGAUCAUAAUCAAAUAAAAUAUCGAAUGAUCGAUGAUGAUUCAUUAGCUGUUCUUGAUUUACAAAUAGCAAAAACAAUUGAUGAUGCUGAUAAUUGUCUAUAUGAAAGCUCAAUAACUCAUUUUACAAGAUAUGAUUCAGGUGUCGGAACAGAUUCAUCAGAAAAAAAUUAUGAAACAUUUUGUACGAAAAAACAAUAUGCAUUAAUUGAUGUUAUAUGGUAUCCAUCACUCGAUAGUAACAAUGCUCUUUUAUCAACAAUUCCUCGCAUUCAUAAUGAAUUAACAUUUAAAGAAUUUCGACAAUUAUUUAAAAAACAAACAGCAUAUAGAUAUUUCUUUAAAACAAUAUGUACACCUGAUAUUAAUAAAGAGCAGUAUGUAUUUCGAGAAUUAACAAUGGAUGAUGAAUUAGUACCAUUUUAUGAUGGAAAAAUUUUUGUACAAUUAGAUCGAAUCUAUUGA